GCAGGUGAAAGGCUCUCCUGCCGUUUCUGUGUCCCCGCAGGCUGCAGCCGCACCUCCGCCUUUCACCUGCGAUCAGCGCAGCCCGCAGGAGGGCAGGAAAUGGCCGCAGCGCAUCCGUCUGAGGAGCCCGUGAGCUUUGCAGAGGUAGCCGUAUAUUUCAGCAGGGAGGAGUGGGCGCUGCUGGACCCUGCGCAGCGAGCGCUGUACCGGGCCGUGAUGCUGGAGACGUACCAGUGCGUGGCCUCGCUGGCUCCGCUUCCCGUCCCCAAGCCCGCGGUGAUCGCCCUGCUGGAAGGAGGGGAGGAGCCCUGGGUCCCAGACGCGCGCAGCCCGGAGGAGGUGGCAGCGGAGCUCAGCCCAGGUGGGGUGCGGAGG